AUGUCUGAACCUGAAGACGUACUUGCGGAUUCUCUUGAGACGCUCUAUGAUCAUGCUCCCAUCGCACAGGGCUCCGCGGGCUCUCUCUACACAUACCAAUCACAGAAUGGAGGCCACACGAUUGCUUUGACCACCCCGGACACGCAGGCAGCUAAUUGGGCUUUGCAUGCCACGUCGAUCUGGUCGGCUUCCAUCUAUGUCGCGGACCAUUUCCUAGAUCUCCAGAUCAGCCGCCGUGCCAAACAAGCUGCAGAGGAGGGACGGUCCCUCAAAGUUCUCGAGCUUGGCGCAGGAGCAGGGCUUCCUAGCAUCCUCGUCGCAAAGAGCUACCAGGACGUUCUGGUAACGUGCAGCGACUAUCCGGAUGACGCUCUCAUCCGCACGCUGCAGGAGAACGUCAAGCGGAACGACGCGUCGAGUAGCUGUCGCGUCGUUCCGUAUGCGUGGGGAUCUGAUCCAUCUGUUCUACUCCCACCUGGUACCACGACCGAUGAGGCUCCUGCAUUCGACAUCGUUCUCGCUGCAGAUACACUAUGGAACUCAGAUACGCAUCACCUCUUCCUCGAUACGCUUCGGCGUACCCUGAGACGGUCUCCGAAUGCUCGCAUAUAUCUCAUUGCAGGCUUGCACACCGGCCGCUAUGUCCUCCAGUCGUUCCUACGCCUCAUGCACGACUCUGGUUUUGUUACGGAAGAGCUCACCGAGAGACGGAUUGGUGCUACGGAGGAACGUCCGUGGAGUGUCGACCGUGCUGAGGGCGAGGAUGAACGAGAGCGGAGACGAUGGAUCGUAUGGAUGGUCUUCAAGUGGCGCGACUGCUGA